CAGUUUUUCACUUAUCUAACAACAAAAUAUUUCAAUAAAGGAUACACCUAAUAAUUCCUUGUUCAUCACAGUAGUUUGAGAAAGUAGAAAAUCAAACAAUGAAUGAGACUACUUACGUUACUCAACCUAUUCGAACUAUUAUAACAGUUGAAGGAGCACUUGGUACAAUAUCAAAUAUUGCGGCGAUCGCUGUAGUGUCUAAAGCAAAAUUUGGUUCAAGAUUUUCUACAUUCAUAUUUAGAGUUCAACCAAUAUUUGAUUUAGGUGCAUGUCUCUCAACAACAGUUUAUCUUGCAUUUCACUCUAUAAUGCUUAACAAUUAUUUGACAGGAAUAUACAUUAUUGACUCCCUGAUUUGUCAUUUUUGGUUUCGAAAUUCAUUAUUCUGGUUAUUUUGCGUCUUGAGUGUACAAAAUCUAGUUUGUUUAUCGUUGGAUAGAGUGAGUGCUGUCAUAUUUACUGGAUCAAUCAAAGUGUAUGCGAACAGAUUCUUUAUACUAUACUUCAUUUACAUGCUCUCUAUGCUUCUAAUUUUAUACGUACCUGUUCCACUCCUUCGUCGAUAUGCCUCCAGAGAGUGCGUGAUGGAUUUUUCAUUCCCUUUGAUUCAAUCAAGAGUAUUUAUUGACUAUAUAGUGUAUUCUUGGUCUGUAUUCGCUUAUUUUAUACCAUUACUAGUAAUGCUGAGUAGUCAUGCAUGGAUAAUACGCGCCAUUAAAAGGACUCACUCUCCAAAGCACAAUGUUUUAACAGAAAAUGUGGAGUCCAAUUUAAGAAUAAAACGGAAAAUUAUUCAGUUAGUUAUCACAACAGCAAUAAUGUCAUGUCAACAAGCUAUAUUGCACUCAUUUGAAUGCAUAGUUCAAAUAUUCAUCGCAACUGGAGUUGUGAAGUAUACUUAUGGUACUCCAAUCGAACAAAUGAGUACAUUUCUGAUGUUAUUGGGAUGUCUGUCAAAUCCAUGCAUUCUCAUUUUCAGUACAGGUGCUUUAAGAAGACGUUUGUCAACAUCAAUUAGUAGUUUAACGGAAAAAGUGAGUGGUGUUGGGACAUUUGGACAAUCGAAAAAGUCAACAACACAGUGAUUAUAUGUGCACUUAUUUCCUAUUUCAGAUCAACAUUUGCCGUGUAAUUAUGAUGCUUUCAUGCAGAAAUUUUUAAUGGACAGUUUAUUGUAAACAAUCCAGUAGAACGCGAU